AUAGUCUGCCAUGGAGAGAGAUACAGUUGAUGGGGUUCUGCUAGACUGUCCCUGGGUACCAGUGUGUAUCAGUGGGUCUCAGCUCCUGGCAAAGACCUGGUUUGGGGACACAGCGUACCGCAUCCUGCUCACGGACCUGCACUCUGUGUGGGAGGAGGAGAUGGACACCAGGGCCAUCCAGGACAGAGCUCAGGAGCUGAACAGGCGAUUGCGGGCUCCCGUCCAUGCCUUCUUCUCUCACAUGUGUGAGGUGGCUCAACCCUGUCUGUCUGGACGGGUGGAGGACCGGGGUGCGCUUCAGUUCUCCCUCAACCACCACGGCGGUGACAUCAACCUGAAGUUGAAGAGUGAGCUGGCUGGGGUGCCUUUCUACUGGGAAUUCCGCUGCACCCCUGCCCCUGUGGCUUUGGUGUGCAGUCAGCUUGUGCGCCCCCUGCUGUUGAUGAGCAGGUUACUGCAGAGACAGGUGGGCCAACUGGGAGCUCUGCUGGCCAGAAAAGACACUGAGCUCCAAGACUACAGGGACAAUGGGGCAGUGCUGAGCAGAGAGCGAUUGCAGACAGAGUUGUUUGAGGAACAAAGCUACAGAGAGAACUUCCUGACACAGACUGUGCCACAGGUAUGUGCGAGGCAGGGCGGUCUGGGGUUUGACUCUGAGCUGCAGGAGCUCUACUCAGCCGUCACGUCCUACGGCAACACCAACGCUCGCAAACGUAAGAUCUCUGAGAGACACGCCCCCGAAGAGGACCGUGACCCUAACCACGCCGCCAGCGGCACACAGCCCCCAGGAGAGGAGGUGAACCAUGGGCUGGACCAGGGGGAUAGAGCCAGAACCACAGACUCAGAGACACCUAAUGAUGAAAAGACUACAGUUCCCAUGACUACUGCCGCAGAUCGGCCCUCCUCCCGACCCAAGAAGAAGAAAGCUAAGGGGCUUUUUGGAUGACCUCGGAACCUGUAGGGCACCAAACACUAUGGAGAGAGUCUGUGACUACGUCCCAAAUAACACGGUCAAAAGUAGUGCACUACUAUGUAGGGGAUGGGGUGUCGUUUGGGAUGCCAUCUAUGAGCACUACCACCUUACUUCAUGUGACAUGUUUUUCAAGUACUCAUCUACGGAGAUGUCCUUUUUUUUAAACAUUUUUUAAAAAUUAAAUCAUUAGAUAUGCAUGUUUUUCCUUGGCUGUUUCAUUGUUUGAUGGAUGUGUAUUUUUUUAAAUUGUCUAAAUAAAUAAAGUGUGUCAA